UAAAAAGCCCAUUUCACCUCAGUCGAUAGAGAAUUCUGAAGUUAUACCAUCGUUGAUGGACAUAUCAAGUGAUAUCAAACUUACACUGCCUAAUACAGGACCUCUGCUGCCGAAUCCAGCCAACAGCGGGGCCAGCAGUCACACCCAGCUCACCAAUUCCAAUUCCAGUUGGCCAGUAACCGAUGGGUCAGGAUCUCCUGCACCAGGCACAAGUUCUAAAACAGAACUUUCUAAUAGUAGUAAUAAUAGAGCACAGGGUCAUAGAAAUAAAGCCCAGCAGACAGCGAGCACGCCACCUGGUAGUGGUGGAGCCAGUAGUGUUAGUCGUCUGUUUGGCACACAAAGACAGAGGAGCAGUAACUCUCUUGCCAGUAGCACAGAUGAAAGUCUUAUAUCCAAUCAGAUAAACCCUGUAACCAGUAACAGAGCUACAUCGUUGACACCGCCAGGCGAUAGAGAAAAGGGCUCCAUCUCUCCACAGAGUGACCAGUCUGCAAGCAGAGGUCUUCCAGUACCCACACAGCUGGCCAGUCCCAAUCAGCAAGCAUCACCCAAAGCUGGAAGUGUUGCAUCUGUUCCAGCAUCCACACCACCCCUAUCAACACCAACAGUGAAUGCAUCUGUCAAUGGAACACAAAUACAGACUCAGCAACUCCAGCAUGCAGAUCAGUGCUCCAUGAAUGGCAUGGUUGGAGCCAUUGGGUCUAACAGAAGGCCAGGUUCUUCUGAAACUGACAGUAUCCAAGGUCUUUCAUUCUUUGGUAGCAACCUGCUUAACAAUUCUCACACGUCAACACCUGCACAGCCCUCAACAACAGUAUCCUCUUCAGAAAUGCCAAGUGUUUCGCUACCUCAUCAAGAGAUGGCAGAUUCUCUCCCAGUGUCCACAAGCACAGACUGGUCUGCAGCAUUUGGUUUUGAAAACAAAGAGCUCCCACCAGAAGAUGAUCUAGGAUUUGAUCCAUGUGCAGAAUCAUUUAAAGGCCUAGCCGACCUCAUAGAAAAAGAGAAUGGUAUGCAGCAACAGCAGCAGCAGCAGCUCCACCUCUCUCAGCAUCUCCAGAGCAGGCUGGGCUCACCACCACAACAGAUGGGCUUUCCUUCACACACUUUGCUACAUUCACAACACCAGAACAGUGCCCAGUAUUUACAAACCUUGCCACCUGGUUUCUCUCUUUCACAAAUACAACAGCAACAACAACAACAGCAGCAGCAGCAACAUUUUUUCAGACCAGCCAGCUCAAAAAUGCUAGAACUUCUACCCCAGUUUGCCCCUGCUACACACCAGAGAUUCCCACAACAGCCAAAUUACCACAGUCUGCAGAUGGAUCUACAUGUACAGCAUCAGCCACAGCGCGAUUUGUUCACUAUGAAAGAUAUGCAGGAACAGCUACGCUCCAUGUUGCCCAACAUCAACAUCAGCUUUGGUGAUACUCAUCCCCGUCAGAUUCAGCAACACCAGCUCCCUCUGCACCCAUCACAACAGACUCAGCAUAUCAACAAAAGUUGGCAGUUGUCCAAUUCACCAGAAUCCUCUCCUUGGAAUGAUCCAGCAAUAGUUAGCACUAGCCACUUUACAGAUUCUCCAGUUAACAUGUUUCCAGAGACAGCCCCCCACUGGCUGAAAUCUCUGCACCAGCUAACUGAAACAGAAGGCCCAUCUCACAGACUACCUUUUGUGCAACAGUUUCCUUUGUCUGGAGCAGGAGGUUGGCCUACACACACUCACAAUCCUCCCCCUGGCUUCAGAACUGGGGGUCUUGCCAAUCCGCAGACAACAGAUGCUCACAAAAUGACAGAAGUGCUUCAGUGA